AUGGCAUCCUGCCCCGUCCUGCAGAAGGAGAGAGUGUUCAAGUCAGGAGCCCACGCCUACCGGAUCCCCGCUCUGCUCUACCUGCCGCCGCAGAAGACCCUGCUGGCCUUCGCGGAGAAACGGAUGAGCAAGAAGGACGAGCAUGCGGAGCUGAUUGUCCUGCGCAGGGGGAGCUACAAUGCCUCUACCCACCAGGUCAAGUGGCACGCGCAGGAGGUCGUGGCCCAAGCCCAGCUGGAGGGCCACCGGUCCAUGAACCCGAGCCCCCUGUAUGACGAGAAGACGGGGACCCUCUUCCUCUUCUUCAUUGCCAUCCCCAACCAGGUGUCUGAGCACCACCAGCUCCACACCAGGGUCAACGUGACGCGGCUGUGCCAAGUCACCAGCACCGACCACGGGAGGUCCUGGAGCCCCGCCAGAGACCUCACCGCCUCCGCCAUUGGCCCGGCCCACGAGGAAUGGGCCACCUUUGCGGUGGGGCCGGGGCACUGUCUGCAGCUGCACAACGAGGCACAGAGCCUGGUGGUGCCAGCCUACGCCUACCGGAACCUGCGUGCCCACCAGUCACCCAGCCCCUUCGCUUUCUGCUUCGUCAGCCACGACCAUGGGCUCACGUGGGAAAGAGGCAACUUUGUGGCCCGGGACACCCUGGAGUGCCAAGUGGCUGAGGUCGGGGGUGCAACACAGAGGCUGGUGUAUCUGAACGCUAGAAGCCCCCUCCGGGCCAGGGUCCAGGCCGAGAGCGCCAACGACGGGCUGGAUUUCAGGGGGUCCCAACAGGUGCAGAAGCUCGUGGAGCCCCCCCAUGGCUGCCACGGGAGUGUCAUCGGCUUCACGAGCCCCAGCGCAGGGUCCGACCCGUCGAACAAGUGGCUGCUCUACACUCACCCGACGGAUCCCCGGCAGAGGUCCAACCUGGGCGCCUACCUCAACACACGGCCCCCGGCCCCCGAGGCCUGGUCCCAGCCCGCCCUGCUGGCCGCGGGCAGCUGCGCCUACUCAGACCUCCAGAGCCUGGGCGUCGGGCCCGACGGCUCGCCCCAGUUUGGGUGUCUGUACGAAUCUGACAACUACGAGGAGAUCGUCUUCCUCAUGUUCACCCUGAAACAAGCCUUCCCGGCUGCAUGCUCACCGCAGUGA